GAGUCGUGGAAAUGUAUUGCUGGGCUGUCGAGAUCGACUGAUCAAAUUAUCGACACAGAUACAUAAUACAUGGGCUAAACAGGAUGUUAUUUUACGAGUGAUACGUUCUUGGGUUAAACCGCCACCAAAUUACAAACCUCUUCCACAAGAUGAUAAUGUGGAAGAUAAUCAUGAAGACUCACCAUUACUUUAUGAGAAAAACUCUAAACUGGAAAGAGUUUCACAUGGUCGUAAUCCAGUAUUUGUAGGAAAUUCACCAGCAGUUUUUUCUGGCCAAAGGGCAUUACCAUUUGUACCAGUUAAAUCAAGACAAUUUCUUGAUGCACCAGUUAUUGAUAUGACACCAGAAAUGAUGGAUGGGGAAUUCAUUCAAAUCAAUUCUCAUUCAAACAAAAUUGGAACACAAUCAAAAGGUUUAAAAUUUAAUCAAUUUAUUCCAUCAUCAAAAAGUAUUUCAACCCAAACUAAUCGUUGGCCUUCAACAAAAAAUAAUCCAAAUUAUAUAACACAUAUUUCUUCUCUACCUAAAUCAUCUUUUUCAUCAUAUCCAACACAAAAUCCUCAUUCACAUCAAUCAUUGUCGUCACCAACAUCAUCAUCAUCAUCAUCAUCAUCAACAUCAUCUGGAUAUUUUUUCAAUCCAAAUAAAGUUUCAUCAUCUUUACCAGAUUCUUCAUAUGAUACUAUGAUUCGAUUACCAAGACAUGUUUUACAUAAACAAUCAAAUAUAACAAUUUAUCGUUUAAAUCAAACAAUUAAUGAAAUUUAUUCAUCUAAUCAUAGUGAUAAAUCAUUACAUAAAUUAGUUGAACGUUCAAUUAAUACAAUAUAUACAUCAAAUACUGAUCGAAAACAUCGUAAUUAUAAUUAUAAUUCUAAUCAAAAUCAUUUAAUAACUAAUAAUAAUAAUAAUAAUAAUAAAUUAAAUGAAUUACGUAUGGAAGAAUUUCAUUAUGCUGGUAGAGCUGUAGAUAUGGAAUUAAUUACACGACAAUUUGGUAGACCACAUAAUUCAGAUUUACAUUUAGGUGUAUUAGCACAAAUAGCAUAUUAUGUAGCACAUUUUGAUUGGUGUUUUUUUAAUCGUGCUGGUCAUGUACAUUGUUCUGUUAAACCUGAUUCUAUUGUUACAUCUCAAUGGUUUGGUUGUUUUCCUAGUGAAUCAAAAGUAUUUAAAUCAAAUGGUCAAUUAAUAUCAAUGAAAGAUUUAAAAAUUGGUGAUCGUAUUAUAACACAAAAUCCAAUGAAUGGUCUUAUAACAAAUACAUUAGUUUUUGGAUUUCUUGAUUAUGAUCAACAUGCAUGGAGUCCAUUAAUAGAAAUUAAAUAUCAAAUUCAUUCAAAUUUAAUACAACAACAACAAGGGCUACAAGAAGAAGAACAACAACAAGAACAAAAUAGUAUUUAUUUAACUGAAGAUCAUUUAAUUUUUAUAUAUGAUAAUACUACAAUAAGUAAUAAUAAUAAUAUAAAUAGUAUGAAUAAGAAAGCUGUAUUUGCAUCGUCUGUUAAAAAAGGUCAAAUCAUUUUUGUUUAUAAUCAUAAUUAUAAUUAUAAUAAUUCAAAUGAAUUAAUGAAAGCAGAAAUUAUUUCAGUUCAAUUAAGAAAUUCAUUAUUAAUGAAUAAUAAUAAUAAUAAUACUAAUAAUAAUACACCUUAUGAACACCUAUAUAAAAUUGGUUUAUAUGCACCAAUUACUGAUACUGGUACAAUGAUUGUCGAUAAUGUUUUAGUAUCAUGUUUUGCUUAUAUAUCAAAUCAUGAAUUAGCAUCAUUGAUUAUAUGGCCAUGGAAAUUAAUUUAUAAAUUAUUAUUAUAUAUUAAUAUAUUUAUUGAAUUAUUUCAAUCUAAUGAAUAUAAUGAAUCAGAUCUAAUAAAUUCAAAUGGUAUACCGUGGUUUAUUCAAUGGAUUUAUAAAUUAAUGUAUGAAAUUUUACCUGAUUCACAAUUUUAUAAAAGUACAUCUUUUGAUUUAAAUACAAAAUAGCAUUUAUAUAUAAUAUAUAUGAAAUAUAUAAUGCUCUUCAUAUUUCAACUUCAUCGGUAUAUGUGAAACAAUAUAUCACAACGUACAUCUACCUAUCUAUCUAUCCACUCAUCUAUCUAUCUAUCUAUCUAUC